GCCUCCCGCCUUUUCUGUCCUCCCUCUCUCCUUCACUUAUUCUCCCUCCCUACUCUCUCCUCGCUUCCUCCUGCCUCCUCCGAGGAGCAAGCGAGGAGGCUCGAGGAGAUGGCCCGGAAGCUCGAGGACACCUUCGAGGCACGGAUGGGCCUGCUCAGCGCCAGCCUGGCGCGGCAGCAGGCGACAACCCGCGGGACCGGCCUCAGGCGGUCGUCCGGCGCCGGGGUGAUGGGCGGCAUGUUCAGCGGCGACUUUGGCCACGGCGAGAAGUCCAACGGGACAAACUAUCACAUUCAGGUCUCGAGGCACGCCUCCGUGCCUCCGUCGCGGUGCGCCUCCGCGUCGGCCACCCCCACGGCGCGGAGCCCGAGGGCAUCCGCCAGCUCCGUCACCUCCUGGCGGCAGUCGCAGAUGGUCUUCGACCACCGCAACUCGGGCGCGUCGGCCGCCUCGCUGGCGC